UUAAAUACCUGAGUGUGCCGAGGCAUCAGACCUUUUGCCAGACCAAGCCCUUGGAGUCUGGUACCACGGACACACUCCCAGCCUGGACCUCAAACCCUUACUUGGGCCCAAAUCCUGAGCCUCUGGCACUGCCCUAUCCACAUCUCAGCCCACUACCUCGGAGCAAUGGGACAGCCCCGGGCCCUACUGGCUGCGCUCUGGGCUCUGGGCGCUGCCGGGGCAGCAGCGCUGCGCAUUGGAGCCUUCAAUAUCCAAAGUUUCGGUGACAGCAAAGUGUUGGACUCAGACUGUGGCAGCGUCAUCGCACAAAUCUUGGCAGGCUAUGACAUCACGCUCGUGCAGGAGGUGCGAGACCCGGACCUGAGCGCAGUGUCCGCGCUUAUGGAGCAGAUCAACAGCGUGUCUAGGUACCAGUACAGCUACGUGAGCAGUGAGCCCCUGGGGCGGGAUCAGUACAAGGAAAUGUACCUGUUCGUUUACAGGAAGGACGCGGUGUCGGUUGUGGACACGUACCAGUACCCGGACCCGGAGGACACCUUUAGUCGGGAACCUUUCGUGGUCAAAUUUUCAGCUCCCAGCUCCGCUGCCAAGGAGUUUGUGCUGGUUCCGCUGCACGCUGCGCCUCACCACGCAGUAGCGGAGAUCGAUGCUCUCUACGACGUGUACCUGGACAUUAUUGACAAGUGGGGCACCGACGACAUGCUGUUUCUGGGCGACUUCAACGCGGACUGCAGCUACGUGAAGGAGCAGGACUGGGCGGAUAUCCGCCUGCGCAGCAGCGAAGUGUUCAAGUGGCUCAUCCCGGACAGUGCGGACACCACAGUGGGCAACUCGGACUGCGCCUACGACCGCAUCGUUGUCUGUGGUGCUCACCUGCGCAGGAGUCUGAAGCCCCAGUCGGCCACGGUGCACAACUUCCAGGAGGUAUUUGGCCUGGACCAGACUCAGGCCCUUGCCAUCAGUGACCAUUUUCCUGUGGAGGUGACCCUCAAGUCCCACUGACAGCUCCGAGGACUGGCCAGGGCAUGCUGCCUGCAGACUGGCUAUGAGGACCAGCUCCACAGGGCUCCUUCAAGGUGGCUGGCUUGCCCUCAGCAAGGCUGCAGGGCAGGGUGAACUGGGCCUGGACAGGUGGCCAUUGACAUGUUACUGGGACACUGAGCCUAUCCUCCAUCUGUAAAUGGCCUACCACUACCUACCUCACAGGGGUGUGAGGAGCAACCCGGAGCACUGGGUGUGGCUCUGCUCAAUAAACAAGAGUGCUCAGCUAGGACCACAAACAGGUCAGCUUAGAGGCCUCCGUGUCUUCUUAGGAUUGUUUUCCUGCAGCACAAACCUGGUCCUGCAGCCCAGCAGGUUCGUUAGGGCAGCGGUUGCCAACCUAUUGGACCUCACGGACCACCGGCUGGCGACCGCUGCUUUAGGGGACAGGCAGUCUGGCCUGCCCAUUUCACAUCCUGCUGGAAACUACCACCUUCCUGGGUAGGUUCUCCUCAGGAGCCCUGGGCUGGGCAAGGACUUGUCCAGGACAAUGGCCUGUAUCCCAGGUAAACCCAUCACCUGAGGAUCAGGAACAAGCAGAGCUGGAGUACACAGCAUAACUGACAGGGCCUGAUGAGCUUUCUGGUUUUUGGCAGGAUUUGGUAACUGUCCUGAAUUGUACGGUGGCAGGAAAAGCCUUUUUGUCAAAAGUUUGAACAGGUUUUUCUUGGCGUCUUUUUAAAUUAAGAUCUAGGACACUUGCAACAUAGAAUGCCUCUCAAAUAAUGCCUCCCUUGACCAUCUAAAUGAACAAAUGUGGUAGCCAACGGGUUUUUCUCUGGGGGUGAAAGAGAGCGGAGGUAUCUUGUGUGGAUCAUCAGGGCCCAUGACUCCCUUAUGCUUCUAGCAAUCAGGCAGCCGAGAGGCCAGGGACAGGACAGCCUGAGAACUUAGUGACAAUUCUUCUUCUUUUUUUAACACUCAACUGAGGAUAUUUUUCCCAUUAAUUUUUAGAGAGGGUGGAAAGGAGGGAGGAGGGGCGAGAGAAACCUUGAUGUGUCCCACAUUGAUCCGUUGACCCUUUGGUGUACGGGCCAACGCUCUAACCACUGAAACACACUUGCCAGGGCUUUAGUCACAAUUCUUUGGAAAGGAGGAACUCAGUGGUGACACUGCCCAGGUCCAGAAUAGGUCCACCUGCCAGUUCAUAAUCCCCAAAUCCAGAUACUGCCUGCCAACCCCACUCUGCCCACCUGCUAGGCAGAAAAUGCACUCAU